UUUAAAAAGAAAAAAAACACAUUAAAAAAAAGUGGAAAUUAAAAAAAAAACGGAUGAAAAAGUUGCACUGUUGAGUCUAAUAACACAAAGCUGCCAUGCAGACUGUUUUUUUUCUUUAAAACAGUCAUUACUCAAAAAAAAUGUAUGAAUCAAAAUCAAUGUUACCUAUUCAAGGCCUCAAGUACUUCACAUCAAAUUUUCCACUUUAACAUAUUUUGUCUAUUUGCCAUUUAAAAAAAAUGAAAGUCUUCUCUGACAAAAGGCAUAAAACACUAAAAACAACCAUGAAAAAAUUAUAAAAACUCGAUCGCCGGUUAGAUCUGAAGUCAAAUUUAAAGAGUUUGAAUGGUAACCAUUUGCGUCCCCAAGAAUUUUAAUAAGAUUUAAAAAAAAAGAAAGUGUUAUUGCUAAAAAAAAUAAUGGAUUAAAAUGAAUGUUAUGAAUUAUUGCUUUAUUCAAGGCUUCAAUUACUUUACAAUAAACGUUGCACUUUGAAAUAAUUUUGAAAUAUUGCAGUUAUUGUGUUUGAAAUAUAAAAAUGUUCUAUGACAAAGGGCUUAAAACACUAGAAAACAUGAACAAAUAAUACAAACUCAUCGACAAAUAGAUCUAAAGUCAAAGUAAAAAAAAAAAAGAAAAAAAAAAGCUUAUGACUGGUUUUCAACAAUUUUUGGAAUGGGACCCUUUUGGGUCCCCAUAAAUUUAAAUAUGUUUUAUUCAUUUUAAAUUGUUGAAAAAAUAAUAAUGGAUUAAAAUUGAUGUUAUGAAUUAUUGAUAUAUUUAAGGCAAUUACUUCACAUCAAAUAUUCAAUUUAUUUAUUUUUGGGGGGGGUUGCAUAUUUUGCCACAUUAUUUUUUGCACAUUACAAUUUGUUUUUAACUUUAACAGAUCAAUCUGAAGUUGAUCUAGAGAUUUUAACGUUGAAUAAAAACUGAUGUACAAAACCCAAAACCAGUGAAGUUGGCACGUUGUGUAAUUCUAAAUAAAAACAGAAUACAAUAUUUGCAAAUCCUUUUCAACUUAGAUUCAAUUGAAUAGACUGCAAAGACAAUAUAUUUAAUGUGUUUUUUGCAAAUAAUCAUUAACUUAGAAUUUAAUGGCAAAAACACAUUGCAAAAAAAGUUGGCACAGGGUCAUUUUUACCACUGUGUUACAUGGCCUUUCCUUUUAACAACACUCAGUAAACAUUUGGGAACUGAGGAGACCAAUUUUUGAAGCUUUUCAAGUGAAAUUAUUUCCCAUUCUUGCUUGAUGUACAGCUUAAGUUUUACGCUUUAUAUUGCGCCACACAUUUUCAAUGGGAGAAAGGUCUGCACUACAGGCAGGCCAGUCUAGUACCCGCACUCUUUUACUACAAAGCCACGCUGUUGUAACACGUGGCUUGGCAUUGUCUUGCUGAAAUAAGCAGGGGCGUCCAUGAUAACGUUGCUUGGAUAGCAACAUAUGUUGCUCCAAAACCUGGAUGUACCUUUCAGCAUUAAUGGUGCCUUCACAGAUGUGUAAGUUGCCCAUGCCUUGGGCACUAAUACACCCCCAUACCUUCACAGAUGCUGGCUUUUUAACUUUGCGCCUAUAACAGUCCGGAUGGUUAUUUUCCUCUUUGGUCCGGAGGACACGACGUCCACAGUUUCCAAAAACAAUUUGAAAUGUGGACCCGUCAGACCACAGAACACUUUUCCACUUUACAUCAGUCCCUCUUAGACGAGCUCAGGCCCAGCGAAGCCAGCAGCUCUUCUGGGUGUUGUUGAUAAAUGGCUUUGGCUUUGCAUAGUAGAGUUUUAACUUGCACUUACAGAUGUAGUGACGAACUGUAGUUACUGACAGUGGUUUUCUGAAGUGUUCCUGAGCCCAUGUGGUGAUAUCCUUUACACACUGAUGUCACUUUUUGAUGCAGUAGCGCCUGAGGGAUCGAAGGUCACGGGCAUUCAAUGUUAUGUGCAGGGAUUUCUCUAGAUUCUCUGAAUCUUUUGAUAUCACAUCACAGACCAUAGAUGGUGAAAUCCCUAAAUUCCUUGCAAUAGCUUGUUGAGAAAUGUGGUUUUUAAACAAUUUGCUCAAGCAUUUGUUGAAAAAGUGGUGAUCCUCACCCCAUCCUUGUUUGCAAACGACUGAGCAUUUCAUGGAAGCUGCUUUUAUACCCAAUCAUGGCACCCACCUGUUCCCAAUUAGCCUGUUCACCUGUGGGAUGUUCCAAAUGAGUGUUUGAUGAGCAUUCCUCAACUUUCUCAGUCUUUUUUGCCACUCGUGCCAGCUUUUUUGAAACAUGUUGCAGGCAUCAAAUUUCAAAUGAGCUAAUGUUUGCACAAAAAAAAAAUUAAGUUUCUCAGUUGUAACAUUAAAUAUCUUGUUUUUGCAGUCUAUUCAAUUGAAUAUAGGUGGAAAAGAUGUGCAAAUCAUUGUAUUCUGUUUUUAUUUGCGAUUUAAACAAAGUACCAACUUCACUGGUUUUGGGGUUUGUAUGAUUUAUUUUUAUGACCGAGACCCUUCCGGGUUCCCACGACCAAACUUGAGGGGAGCCCUAAAGAGAGUCCCGGCUGCCAAGAUGACGGCGCUGCUUUGUGGCGUGCUUCCGGUGAUCCUGAUGGCGCCCGUGUUCAUCCGAGGAAGCGUGGGCCAGUGCACUGCCAACUGCAGCGACUUGUACAGGGAUCCGCUGAUGCUUCCUGUCGCCGCUCGGCAGCCGGUCAGAGCCUGCCUCGUGCUGCGCAUCUACUCCGGCGCCAUCUUCCUCGCCGCGUUCUUCCUUACGUUGGUUGGCAUGAUGAUGAUCAUGGGAAAAGCUCGUCAUGUUUACCGGCGAGUCGUGAUGUCAUAUGGUUACCUUGGCAACCAGCAGCGGGCCUCCUUUCGUUCGCUGGACUUUCGGAUGCUGGCGUUCCCGCUCGUCUUCGCCCUCUGCUGGGGACCCGGUCAGUUUGUCGUUUUUGUUUAUUUUUUUGUGUGUUGGUGGGGAAAAAAAAGCUCAUGUGAUCUUUCAGCGGCGUGUCUGGUGAUGAUGUCAUCGAGGAACGCGAGCUCGGCCGCUGCGGUCGUCUACGUCAUUCAGGUGGGUGAUUUGCGACGUCGCGUUUCUUCGAAGGGGGCCCGGGGUCAGAGGUCACGUGUGUUUGUGCGUCAGGCCUUCACGUCGCCGUCCCAGGGCGUCUUCCAUAGCGUGCUGCUGGCGUGCGCCCGCACACGGGGGAGGGGCCGGCUGGCGUGGCGGGACGCCGACACUCAGACGCCGUUGCUGCGAGCGCAGAAGAGAAACUACCGCACCUGGCAGUGAUGUCAUCACUUUUACUUUGGGUGGGCGGGGGAUGCCCGCUGAAAAAAGGAAGCACGCCGCAGGAAAGGAGAAGUGGACAAAGGUCACAUGAAACCAAAAUGUUUGAAAAGUUCUAGAAGAACCAGGUGACUCAUCACAGUAAUAAAGGUAAAUAUUAUUUUCUUCUGUUGUCAUAUUUAGUCUGCUAUCCCCCCCCCCCCACACACACACACACACACUUGGCAACCCCACAAAGAACGUUUUGUUAAACUAGCACAACUACGUCUCCGCAGUGCUCGUUGUCAUAGCAACCACAACAUUCGUCUGCUCUAAUGAGGCCCACUAGCACGUGCGCGGCGUCCUCCAAACAAAUAUGGCCGCCCACCCCCCGAUUGCUCACAUGUGCACGAGCGCUGACGUGCACUGCUGGUGUUUAUUACGUCCUUUUUGUUAUCAACGUGCGCUGAUGGAACCACACACACACACACACACACACACACACACACACACACACACACACACACACACACACACACUCUUAUAUAUAUAUAUAUAUAUAUACUAUGCAAAUAUAAAAAAGCUUGUUGUGAAAAAUGAGUUUGAAUUUCACUAGAAAAACUGAACAUUUGUGCAAUUAUAUGAUAAAAGUUGGAACAGUUGCAAUUUUACAAGAAAAGCUUAACAUUCUGGCAAUUUAAUGAAAAGAGUCGUACUUUUACUCGACAGAAGUCACAAUUUUAUAAGAAAACUUUAAC